ACGAGUCUACGCCACGCUACAAUUCCCGCAGCACGUGCGGCAUGCUGCAAUAACCGUAACCGCUGAAAUCAGCUCUGAAAUGUGCGAGGAAGGCACCAAAUCGGCCUGAAAUCGUCUCGAAGUUCGGACGCGGGCAGUGACGGAGUGAUGGGGUCAUCGAAGAAGGCCGCGAACGGGGAGGCCGGCGGCCCCGAUGUCGACAACACCGUCAAAUUGCAGCGCAAGAUCACCCUGAUGAAUGGGGUUGCACUUAUAAUAGGGACCAUCAUAGGAAGCGGCAUCUUCGUCGCGCCCGCCGGCGUCUACGUGAGCACAAAAUCCGUGGGCAUCUCCAUCAUCAUCUGGUGCCUCUCGGGCCUCUUCUCCACCCUUGGGGCGCUGUGCUACGCCGAACUAGGAACUUCCGUAACUAGGUCCGGGGGCGAUUACGCUUACAUCUACGUCGCGUUUGGACCUUUGGCAGCCUUUUUACUUCUUUGGGUGUCCCUGCUCAUUAUUAGACCGACUACACAGGCCAUCGUGGCUAUAACAUUCGCCGAGUACGCCGCCAAGCCAUUUUUUGACGAGUGCGGACCUCCAGAGAAUUCCGUUAGACUUCUGGCUGCCGUCUGUCUAUGUCUACUCACUGCGAUUAAUUGCCUGAGCGUGCGAUGGGCCAUGAGGAUCCAGAGCAUAUUCACGGCGGCCAAACUGGUCGCCCUCGUCGUCAUCGUGCUGGCUGGGGUCUACCACGUGGGGACCGGGCACCUAGAAAAUUUCGACCACGCCUUUGAAGGCAACUAUGAUGUUACUCAUAUAGCUCUGAGUUUCUAUUCUGGACUGUUUGCUUUUGGUGGGUGGAACUUCUUGAAUUUUGUUACUGAGGAAUUGCAGGAUCCUUACAAGAAUUUGCCAAGAGCUAUAUGGAUAGCACUUCCCAUGGUAACAGGAGUUUACGUUCUUGCGAAUGUAGCCUAUUUUGCUGUGCUUUCCGGUGUUGAAAUUGAGAGCUCGCCGGCAGUUGCUCUGUCUUUCGGUGCCAAAAUGUUUGGACAAUGGACCUGGUUGGUGCCGAUAUUCGUGGCUCUUUCCACCUUCGGGGGCGUUAACGGCAUUUUAUUCACGUCUUCGAGACUUUUCUUGACUGGAUCUCAGGAGGGGCAUUUACCUGAUUUAUUUUCGUUCAUUCACAUCAAAAGGAGCACUCCCAUUCCUAGCUUAAUUUUUACAUGUGUGACUUCACUGGCUAUGCUGCUGAUAAGCGACGCUUACAUCCUAAUAAACUACUACGGUCAAAUCCUGUGGCUGUCGGUGGCCGCCAGUAUCGCCGGGAUGUUGUGGUUGAGGCACAAGCAUCCAGACGCCCCGAGACCCAUACGGGUGAACACCGCCAUACCUGUUAUAUUUCUCUUGUGCUGCGUAUUCCUGGUACUGUUUCCCAUUCCGACGCAACCGUGGAAUACGGUGAUUGGAGCGGCGAUUACGUUGUCGGGUGUUCCCGUGUAUUACUUGGGGGUGAAGUGGAAGGACAAGCCCAGGUGGUACCAUAGAGGUUUAAGAAAUUUGACCGUAUGGGUGCAGAAUCUGUUCGAGGUGACUCCGCCGGAGGCAACUCAGAUGUUAUCUCAAUCUUAAUUUAUUUAUUUUAGAAUAAGUAUCACAAUGACCAACUGUUUUGAUUUUUAUAUGUGUAUUGAAUCGAAGUACUCAAAUAUAUACUUCAGUGUAGAGGC